CUGCUGCAGCUUUCAUAGAACCCGCACAGCUCCACACUCCAGCUCCAGAACCCAGCAGCAGUUUCCCAUCGUCCCGUCAUGCGUCUCCAGUUGGCCCUGUGCGUAACGGCCCUGCUGGCCUCCUCCUGCCUGGUGGCCGAGGCGCGGAGAGCCAAGCGCUUCGCCAUCGGCUGCGCGGAGAAGUGCGACAAGUCCCAGUGCGCCCCGAUCCCCGCCGACUGCCUGGCCGGCGACGCGCUGGACCGCUGCGACUGCUGCCCGGUGUGCGCGUCCGGCGAGGGCGCGCCGUGCGGCGGCGCCGCGGAGCGCGAGUGCGCCGAGGGCCUGGAGUGCGCGGUGACCGACGGCGUGGAGGUGUCGUCCACCGUGCGGCGCAGGGGCACGCCCGGCGCCUGCGUGUGCGCCGGCGGCACCGAGCCGGUGUGCGGCAGCGACGGCGUCUCGUACCGGAACAUCUGCGAGCUGAAGCUCGUCAGCAGCCGGGCGACGAAGCUGCAGCAGCCGCCGGUGAUCUUCAUCCAGAGGGGCACCUGCGCCAAAGGUCAGCAGAACCCCGACAGUCUCCGACACAAGUACAACUUCAUCGCCGACGUGGUGGAGAAGAUCGCACCUGCUGUGGUUCACAUUGAACUGUACCGCAAGAUGAUCUUCUCCAAGCGGGAGGUCGCGGUCGCCAGCGGCUCCGGGUUCGUCGUGUCAGAGGACGGACUCAUCGUCACCAACGCCCACGUCGUGGCCAAUAAGCACCGAGUGAAGGUGGAGCUGAAGAGCGGGGCCACGUUCGACGCAAAGAUCAAAGACGUGGACGAGAAGGCCGACAUCGCCCUGAUCAAGAUCAACGCGCCGACAAAGCUGCCCGUGCUGCUGCUCGGCCGCUCGGCCGACCUGCGGCCCGGCGAGUUCGUGGUGGCGAUCGGCAGCCCCUUCUCCCUGCAGAACACCGUCACCACGGGCAUCGUCAGCACCACCCAGCGCGGGGGCAAGGAGCUGGGCCUCCGCAACUCCGACAUGGACUACAUCCAGACGGACGCCAUCAUCAACUACGGCAACUCAGGAGGACCACUAGUCAAUCUGGACGGAGAGGUGAUUGGUAUCAACACUCUGAAGGUCACGGCAGGAAUCUCCUUCGCCAUCCCGUCGGACAAGAUCAGACAGUUCCUGGCAGAGUCACACGACCGACAGGCCAAAGGUCAAACAUUGCCGAGGAAGAAAUUCAUCGGCGUCAAGAUGAUGAGUCUCACUCCGGCGCUGGCGAGCGAGCUGAAGGAGAGGCAGUCCGACUUCCCCGACGUCACCUCCGGGGCGUACGUCAUCGAAGUGAUCAGCAGGACUCCGGCCGAGGCUGCCGGCCUGGAGGAGAGCGACGUCAUCAUCAGCAUCAACGGCGAGCGGGUCGCCUCGGCCAGCGACGUCAGCGCCGCCAUCAGGCGGGACGAGACGCUGCGGACGGUGGUGAGGCGGGGCAACGAGGACGUCAUCCUCACCAUCGUCCCCGAGGAGAUCGAGCCUUGACCUCACAGGGCCGACGAGCCCCCGACCAGUCGGCCGACCUGGAGCUGGCUCUCUGUGUUUUUCAAACCAAUCAGGAACACUUUGAAAAAACAAGCAACCAUUAGGGGGCACAUGUCGUGUGUGUGUGUGUGUGUGUGUGUGUGUGUCCGGGGCCACAGAACUAUUAGUACUACUACGUCUCGUCAACUCACACACACCUUCAGAAGUCCGACGUCAUGACCCCGGAUAUAUUAGUUUUGUUUUUUACUUCCCACCAUCACAGACCCUUCUGUACUCCACUUACUACGUCUAUUGUUAUCGCAGGUUACUGUCGUUUGGUCGUGUAUGUUCUUGAUGAAAUAUUUUUAUAGUAUUUUUGCUUCUGUUAAAUGUUUGAUAAAAAAAAAGUUUUUAAAAAGGGAA